UCCAUUUGCAAAAAAGGAAGCAGGUGAAGUGAGGUAAUUGGUCAGACACAGAAUUUACUGACCGCGGGGAUGCGCUCACUGACAGAUUCCAUGCUUAAUUACUGUGAGACUUUAAAGAGGCGCGCGCUCGUGUUGCUUUUACGUCGAUGAGUAAACGUAAAGCUUGUGUGCAUAAGUGAGACCGGGCGGCGCAGUCAAUAUAUCUCUCUAAAUAAAGAUAAACACAAGCUUAGGAAGAACUUGCAGAACUUUUUGCCCUGCUAAAGUAAGACAUAAUGCCUGUUCGACGGGGACACGUUGCGCCUCAGAACACCUUCCUGGAUACCAUCAUUCGCAAAUUCGACGGGCAAAAUCGCAAAUUCAUCAUAGCCAAUGCUCGAGUUGAAAACUGCGCCAUCAUCUUCUGCAAUGAUGCCUUUUGCGGCAUGUGCGGCUACACACGUGCAGAGGUCAUGCAGAAGCCGUGUACCUGCAGUUUUCUGUAUGGACCGCAUACUGGACGACCAGCGAUGGCCCAGAUGGCCAAAGCCUUACUGGGCUCUGAAGAAAGAAAAGUGGAGAUCUCCCUAUACAGGAAAGAUGGUGUGUGUUUACCAUGCUUAGUGUAUGUGGUUCCAGUUAAGAAUGAGGAUGGUUUAGUCAUCAUGUUCAUCCUGAACUUUGAGCUGGCAGAUCAACCCCACGGCAGCUCACCGGGCAGAGACAUCAACCUCAAACACACCAUCCCAUGGCUCUCUAAAGCAAGAAGACACCGUAUCAGGUUGCCUCUGCCUUUGCUGCGUUCCCUGAGUGGCAGUAAACAGUCUCUGCAUGAAGAUGCUGAAAAAGGCUACGUGCAACCGAUGCCCCAUAUGGGCCAUGAGUCAGUAGCCCUGGACAAACUGCUCUCCCUGCCUGAGUGUUCUGCAAUCGGAGGAUCUCAGCUGUUUUUGUGGGAAGAUAAGGCUCAAAAUGAGCCUGAAAGUGAGCCACAUCCAUCAGAAGUGUCCCCUCCCCUGCCUCAGGGCGUCUCUCAAUCCUCCCUUCGUCUGCACCACCUCACCUCAGAGGCAUCUCCGUCCAGCUGUAGCAUGGCACACAGUCGCUCCUGUGAGAGCCUGUGUGGCAUGCGGCCCUCACCCUCCACCAAUGACUUCAACUGGGACAGGAAACUGCCCAUCAGACCCAGUAGCACAGGUAAUGAUUCAACCAGUUAG